AAGGAUCUUCAGCAACGCGCAAAAAUGGAAGAUAAUGAAGCUCAACUAGCGGAACAACUUCUGAAGUCCGGCUGGAAUAGUGAGGCUAUUGUUUCCACUUACGUUGACGGGGUAGAAUCAAUGUCAAAGGUUCGCAAGACUAUUCUUAAUGACAUCGACGCUACAACUUCAACAUCAGCAACUGCUCCUAAACGAUCUUUGCAAAAUGACCUUAAGGCGCUCCCACAACGUACCAAAAUUGAUUAUUGCACCCUGGUCACUUCUCCACAACGUGAACAGGCCCAACCACCAUGUACUCCCCCACAUCAAAUAUAUUCGUCAGAUGUUUCAAGUGAUUUCGUGUCAGAGAAUGAUAGCGAAGAGCAUGUUCAAGAAUCCUUAGGUUCGGAAAAUAAUCACAUAUCGGAAUCUUCAGAUGAAUUGUUGGAGGUAUUAUAG